AUGAAGCGUAAAGCAGAAGAGGAAAAGCAGCUGCGGCUCUUCGUCUCCAUCAAGAAAAGGCUCCGAUCGAAGCUUCCUCAGCGACGCCGUCGUUUUGGUGUAUCUCCGGUUCUUCGUUCAUAUUUGACGGCCGGCGGUGACAAUUGUUCGCUCUUGGGGGAGGAGAAUUUAUCUUCUGAAUGCAAUUCCGGCAGAGGCUCAGCGAUUAAGCGACAUUUUAAAGAUGACGACGGUGAUGAGUUUCGGAGAGUUACUAGAGCUUGUUCUGAUUGGAGUAAAGGUGUAAAACGAGAAUUCAUCAACACCGGUGAAGUGUCAGAGAGUUCGUGUGUCGACUCGUGCUCUGGAGCUGUUUCCGGACAGAGAAAUGUGAAUUCUCUCAGAGUUCAGCAAUACGAAGCCGUUUCGGAGAAUAAGAAAGUUGUUGAAGCAGCUGCGACGUCAGAAACGACGAUUAGGUCGGAGAUUUCAGCGGUUACGUCAUUUGCCGGUCAAAUUUCGAGGCUCUUAGGAGAUCAGUCGGAAGGAGUUGAGGAUUCACAUGAAAUUAACUCAAUCGAUGUCGAUUCUGUUCACUCUGUUUUGCAACCGGCUGCUGAGUCAGAGCUUCUGCGAACAUCUGAGAAACUAAUGCGCAAAAGCGAGAACAGAGACGAAGAAGAGCGAGAAUCAGUUGUCGAGAGCAGGAAGGAGAAUGUUCAAUUCGACUUUGAUUUUACUUGUUCGGAAAAUUUGACGAGUGAAAUCGGUUGCGACAAUUACAGUCACUCGUCGGCCUAUUCUGAGUUGCAGUCGGAGCUAUUCGGAGAUAGUUCAGAACUUGAUUUUUCAGAUUAUACGCCAUCGAUUUGGAAUGACUCCGGUAGCCAAUUCUCCGAAGGAUCUACCAACGGCGAGAGUCCUUCGCCGACUUUUCAACUGUUCCUUCAAUUUUCUCAAGAGUUCUGCAGAUCAACCUUCGCUUUGGAUACUGAUUCUGAAGGCUCCUUUUAUCAUGUUGAUCCUCAUGAAAUCACUUUACUGGGAUUGGAAGAGAAAGACGAUGAAGAGAGCUACAGAAUGAUUCGAAUUAGAGAGAGGAGGCAGGUGUAUUUCCAUGACUAUGCUGAAGAGUACUGUUCCUCCACCAAUUACGGGGACCUUAUAGUUCAGCAGCGGUUACAGAUGGUCCACUGGAUAGUUGAGCAAUCAGGAAACAAAGAUCUUCAGAGGGAGACUCUCUUUCUAGGGGUGAGUCUGCUUGAUCGAUUUUUAAGCAAAGGUUAUUUCAGAACAAAGAGAAAUCUUCAAAUUGCUGGCAUUGCAUGCCUUACUCUGGCAACCAGGAUUGAAGAAAACCAGCCUUACAACAGCAUACAGCAAAAGAUCUUUCACAUAGGAAGCAAUGCGUACAGCAGAUGUGAAGUGGUGGCUAUGGAGUGGCUAGUGCAGGAAGUUCUGAAGUUCCAGUGCUUCCUGCCCUCUCUGUACAACUUCUUAUGGUUUUAUCUGAGAGCUGCGAAGGCUUCUGAAAAGGUUGAGAAGACUGUGAAUUACAUAGCUGUACUAGCUCUAUUAGGCCAUGAACAACUCUGCUUUUGGCCGUCUACUGUGGCAGCUGGACUGGUCAUUCUUGCAUCUAUAGCAGCAAAGCAAGAAGCAUCUUGCUAUAAUAUCAGACAGAUUCAUGCUAGAAUGAAGGAGGAUCAUUUACCAGAAUGCAUGAAGGUAUAG